CAAGUGAAAUAUGAGACCCGUUUGGAAACAUCUUUGGGCAUUGUAAGUCAUCUUAUGUUGCAAGGUGAAGCAUUCCGUGGGCAUGAUGAAUCUGCCCUUUCCUUAAAUAAGGGUAAUUUUCUAGAGAUGCUUGAUUGGUACAAAGCAAGAAAUGAGGAAGCGAGGAUUGCAUUUGAGGAGCUAUGUCCCCAAAAUGCCCAAAUGAUUUAUCCAAAGAUUCAAAAAGCACUUGCAAAAACUUGUGCUGAUGGGGUUCGUAAAGCAAUAAAGCAAGAGAUGGGCGAUCGCCUCUUCUCAGUUCUUAUUGAUGAAUCUCGUGAUAUAUCAGUCAAAGAGCAAAUGGCACUGGUUGUGAGGUAUAUCAACAAGGGGGAAGUUAUUGAAAGAUUUUUGGGUAUCAAGCAUGUCACGGAGACAACAGCGGAAGCACUAAAGAAAGCAUUGGUUGAGGUUCUUGGUAAUCAUGGGCUACUUAUUGCAAAUUUAUGUGGGCAAGGGUAUGAUGGGGCUUCUAAUAUGAGAGGAGAAUUCAAUGGUGUUCAAAAACUGUACCGGCUCAUCUUGCAAGAGGAAGGAUGUAUUGCUUGAUAAGCAACGCAUAAAUCUGUUGGAAAAGCUAGAGAGUGGAGAGAUUUUAUCAGGAAGAGGCAAAAAUCAG